AUGGAGCAAGCACAGAAGGCCGUUGAGGCUGUCGCCGAAGGCGUCAAGAAAGUAGCCGUUGGCGAAAAGAAGCAGAAGGCCAAAAAAGAAAAAGGAGGGGAUAGCGGGGCAGAUGCUGGUCCUCUUGAAUUGGAUCCACAACCUCAAUUCCUCGAAGAUCGCCUUGCGCUGUUCACCAGAUUGAAGACGAAAUUCGAUGCCGAAAUCGCUGCGAAACCCCGAGAGCCAAUCACGAUCACACUCGCAGAUGGAACCGUCAAGUCGGGCACCUCGUGGGAGACUACCCCUGCCCAAAUCGCAGAAGGCAUCUCGAAAAGCUUGCUUAAGCGCACAGUGGUAGCGCGACUCAAUGGAAAUAACGAGCAGCUGUGGGAUCUAGGAAGACCUUUGGAGGCAAGCUGCAAGCUGGAGCUACUCAGCUUUGAAGAUCCGGAAGGCAAGAAGGUUUUUUGGCACUCGAGCGCGCAUAUCCUUGGUGAAGCUUCCGAGAGGAGAUUUGGCUGCAGUCUUUGCAUUGGACCCCCAAUUGAUGAUGGCUUCUACUACGAGAUGUCCCUGCCUGAUGGAGCCCCUGUUCAACAAACAGACUGGAAGCCUCUGGAAACACUGGUAGGACAAAUUGUUAAGGAGAAGCAACCCUUUGAGAGAUUGGUCCUUUCCAAGGAAGACUUGCUAGAGAUGUUCUCGUACAACAAGUACAAGCAACACAUCAUCAAGGACAAGAUCAAGGACGGAGAAUUCACCACGGUCUACCGAAAUGGGCCGCUGAUCGAUUUAUGCCGAGGUCCCCACGUGCCCAACACUGGCCGCAUCGAGUCAUUUGCUAUCAUGAAGAACUCGGCGUCAUAUUUCCUGGGAAACAAGGAUAAUGACUCCCUUCAACGUAUCUACGGUGUCUCGUUUCCCGACAAGAAGCAGAUGGCCGAACACAAGAAGUUCUUGGAAGAGGCUGCUAAGCGAGAUCACCGAAAGAUUGGCAAGGAUCAAGAGCUAUUCUUCUUCCACGAGCUUUCCCCUGGGUCAGCAAUGUGGCUACCGCAUGGCACCCGAAUUUACAAUACACUCCAAUCUUUCAUCAGAGAAGAGUACUGGGCCCGUGGCUACAACGAGGUCAUCUCUCCUAACAUGUACAAUUCGGAACUGUGGAAGACUUCAGGUCACUGGGACUAUUACAAGGAUGAUAUGUUUACCUUUGGUAGUGAUAAAGAGACAUUUGCUCUGAAGCCAAUGAACUGCCCUGGCCACUGCCUGAUGUUUGAUCAUCGCGAGAGAAGCCACCGAGAGCUCCCAUGGAGAGUUGCCGAUUUUGGUGUACUCCAUCGUAAUGAGGCAUCGGGUGCUUUGUCUGGAUUGACGAGAGUACGCAGAUUUCAGCAGGAUGAUGCUCACAUUUUCUGCCGUGAGGAUCAGAUCAAGGAUGAGAUCAAGGAGCUGUUUGAUUUCCUGCAAAAAGUUUACGGCCUAUUCGGUUUCACAUUCAAGCUCAAACUCUCCACGAGACCCGAGAAAUACUUGGGCAAGCUCGAGACAUGGGAUAUGGCCGAGGGGAAGCUCCGCUCUGCAUUGGAUGAGUUCGUCCCGGGCAACUGGGAACUAAACGAGGGAGACGGGGCUUUUUACGGACCAAAAAUCGAUAUCACCAUCUCGGAUUGCUUGCGACGAGACUGGCAAUGUGCCACCAUUCAAUUGGACUUCCAGCUGCCGCAAAAUUUUGGCCUGGAAUACAUGACUUCCGAGAUGGUCACCAAGUCCAAAGACGAGCCGGAGGUGAAGCCAGACGAGCCCAAGAAGGCAGCAGCUGUCUCGGGACCUGAUGGACAGAAGGGGAGAGUCUACAAGCCUCUCACGCCUGGCUGUGCUAGACCUGUCAUGAUCCACCGAGCCAUUUGUGGCAGUAUCGAGCGUUUCACCGCCAUCCUGACGGAGCAUUUCGGUGGGAAAUGGCCCUUCUGGUUGAGCCCCCGACAAAUCCUGGUCAUCCCAGUCGGUGUUGGUUACUUCGACUACGCCAAGGAGGUGCAGUCGAUUUUCAAGGCAGAGGAUAUGUUUGUCGACGUGGACCUCAGCGGCAACACCCUGCAGAAGAAGAUCCGCACGGGUCAAUUGGCCCAGUACAAUUUCGUUUUCGUUGUUGGUGACCAGGAGAUGAACGGAAGAGAGGUCAAUGUCCGCAAUCGGGAUGACACUUCAAGUCAAGAUCGAGGCAAGCCUGUUUCCUUGGAGGAGGCAAUCGCCAAACUUAAGGCACUGCGUGAUGAGAGAAGAUCGGAUAACCCUUUCCCAGGUGAGGCUAAGGCUUCCGCGGUCAAGGCAUGA